UGCGCCGGUGUCGUGAAAGCGGAAGUGGAGCGCGCUUGUGUCAUUAGAGCACGCGCAACUUCCGCCUUGUUCAAAUUUUUUUGCACUCCUUUUAUUUGGUAAAGCAAGGCUAAUCUUCUCUCCGUGGCUGCCGUGUAAGUGACCCAGUAUGGACAUCCAGAGUAUUGAACCAAUGACACUCGGCUCUCCAACUUCCCCCAAGCCUGGGGCUCAGUUUUUACCUGGGUUUCUGAUGGGAGACCUGCCUGCUCCUGUCACACCUCAGCCCAGGUCUUUUGGGUUGACAGGAGGUGGGGCAGAAACAAGAUCUCCUCUUCUGGCAGGUGGGUCUCCUCCACAGCCGGUGGUCCCAACUCCUAAAGACAAGAGUGGAGCCCCUCCGGUCAGAAGCAUCUAUGAUGACCUCAACGGCUCCGGUGUGGGAAUGUCACCUCUUGUUGCUCGCAAACAACCAUUUGCUGGAGUGCACACACCUUUGUCUGGUCUACCAGGGACGCCAGGAACAGUGUCUAAUUUAUUUAGCCCCAUGGGGCAGCAGAGGAAAACAACACUUUCCCCAGCUCAAGUAGAUCCGUUCUUCACACAAGGAGAUGCUCUGUCCUCAGAAGACAGGCUAGAUGAUACCUGGGUCACAGUGUUUGGGUUCCCUCCAGCAUCCGCUUCAUACAUCCUUUUACAAUUUGCACAGUAUGGAAACAUAUUAAAGCAUGUGAUGUCUAAUUCAGGCAACUGGAUGCACGUUCAGUAUCAGUCUAAACUGCAGGCACGAAAAGCUCUCAGUAAAGAUGGAAAGAUAUUUGGAGAAGCCAUAAUGAUUGGCGUCAAACCGUGUAUCGAUAAAAGUAUAAUGGAGAGUUCAGACAAGAGCAGUACUUCCAGUUCUGUGUUCACACCCCCAGUGAAGGCUCCCAGCACCCCCAGUCACCCUCUAUCAACUCCCCGAUCUGUCAUGAGACCCCUCAGUGCUGCUUACAAAGCAUCCAGCAGUGACUACCAGGAAAGCCUGCGGCAUCAGAGACCCUACCAGAAAAAAAAUGAUCACACUGUGCCAGUAAUACCUGCUUUAGUGAGUACAGGAUGCGUCCACAGGAGGGAUUAGCCCUAUUGAUCCCAGCUGGCAGACAGAACUAUUUGAAAGUCAGAACAAUCACAUUGGGAACAGACUCUGUGGGCAUGUGGACCAAAGGAAAUGGUAGAUUUAAGAUACAGUCACAGAAUUGUGUAUAGAGCAAUGGGGGAAAACGCUCAACAGAUAACAGGAUACUAACACAACUAUUGCCAACAACAGCUUCUGCCAUCCACCUCAACUCAUUUCUGCCGCCUUCCCUUAAAGUUGAAGUGUGUAAUUUAUGUUGUAAUUUAUGUUUUCGCUUCAUACUGACUUUGGAGAUAGUCUUUGCUUACUGUUUUUCACCUGUUUUUGUCUAGACUAACACAGUUUGAUAUUGUUUGUCAUAGUGGUUAAAGAUCUAGACCAAGUGAAAGGUUAUUGGUUCAAACCUGGUUUAACCUCUUUAAAUUAGAAAGGGUUUUACAAACAUCAAAAAAUGAAGCAGGCUCUCUUUUCUUAUUCAAUUUUAGUUUGUGGUCAUUUGUACAAGCUUUUAAAAAAAUUACAAAUUUAUAUAUAAAAAAAGUAGAAAAGAGGGUUUUGAAGUGCUUUUAUUUCUAAAGGAUAUUGAGGUAAGAAGUUGUUCUCUUUACAGACUUUUCUGUUGUUUUAUUUCUGGUUUCUGUUCAUUUAUACUGUAUAUGCUAAUAGAGGCUUUGUAAUUUCUGUAAAUCGUUUGUUAAACCAGAUAGAUGUAUUUGAAUAAUAUAUAAUUUCGCCAUUAUAGUGCUUGAAUCAUACAUAAAUUAUAUAUACAUGCCAUUUUCUGUGGAUGUGCAUUCUCUUGCAUUCUGCAGUGGAGUGUUAAUGCACAUUCAUAGAUAUUAAUCUGAUCAGAAGAUCUCAUGUGAAUGAGAUCAUGCAAGUAAGCAUGCUGUAGUGUGCAGGGGAUUUUUUUAUGUGUAUAACCUCAUCCAUCAGAUGAUGACGUUGGACGAUGAAAAAGCAAGUCAGCAGGUUCCCAUAAUCUCAGAGCACAUCGCCAGGGGACUGCAGCUGUGCAUCCAGAAUGCAACAACAUUGCCUGAAAACAUAGAAAUUCAAACACACUCGACCCUUUGAAUAAUUUCAUGCAAGAAGCAUGUUUGUGCAUUGACAGCCAUGUAAAACUUAUUCUGAUUAACUUAUUCUAUCGUACUACCGUUCUAUCUAUCAUUCUAUCUGUUGUUCUGUCAUUCUGUUGAUUGUUUAUUGAUUGUUCUCUCUGCCUGUAAUCAUAUAAAACUUCAAGCUUAAAGGUUUUUAAACUUUCAAACAAAA